AUGGCCACUGAAGACGAGCGUUAUCGGCAGUCCAGCCAGUUCCGUCUCUGGUCGUACUCCCCGGCUGGCCUGAAGGACCUUCGCCAAAAAACAAACGCCCUCGCAAAGCAGCAAAUUGCCGCCCGCUUGAACGCCGAUCCGCCGCCCGACUUUCUCACACCAGACGAGGAGGCCCGCUUGGUCAAGUUCUUUACGAUUGAAUUGAUUCGCGCUGCGCAAUUCUGCGAACUUCCGACCGAGAUUCGAUCGACCGCCGCGAUCUUUCUGCGACGCUUCUACGUGACCAACUCAGUCAUGACCUACCCGCCGACAGAGCUACUCAAGACGUCGUUGUUCUUCGGAUGCAAAGCCGAGGGCUUUUACAUUCGCCUGGCUAGGCUCGCCGACAAGUUCCCCAACACCACGAGCGAACAAAUAUUGGCGGGUGAAUUUCUUCUCUGUCAGGGCAUAAGAUUUGCCUUUGACGUUAGGCAUCCUUUCCGAGCUCUAGAGGGAGCUAUUCUCGAAUUGCGUCGCAAAUUACCGUCCGACCAGAACAGAAUAAACACAGCCCAUAUGAGGGCGCGUGAAAUCCUCAAGUUCAGCGCACUCGUCACGGACGUCUAUUUUUACUAUGCUCCAAGCCAGAUCAUGAUGGCUGCUCUAUUGAUAACCGACGCUGGGCUUGUUGACACGCUUAUUCCCCUGCCGGAACCCUCUGAUGAGAAUGUAACAGCACAAACAGCAUUGCGGAACAAAAUAUUUGCGGCUUUGGAGGCAUGCCAGAAAAUGCUCGAGGAAGAGCCCCCUGAGCGCAUGACAGACUAUUGGGGAACGCCCGAAACCGUCAAAUCAAUGAAGCCUCUCCGGAAAAAGCUACAAAAGUGCCGAGACCCUGAUCGAGCGAAUCUCGUGGCGCUUCAGCAAGCGCGCCGCGAACAAGCCUCGAUAAAAACGAAGAAGCCUAGCGCGCUCACAGAGGGCGUCCUAGGAACAGAUGCAGAAUCUCGUGAUGCAAAGCGUCGAAAACUCGAGGCAGCGGAUGACGUAUUUGGUCCAGCUCUAGGUUGA